AUGAAGUUGUUCUUUAAAGAAAAUCUUUGCAACUUUUUUCUUUUAGAGACGUGGAGUCUGUGGCAGCCGUGGAGUUCCUGUAGCACCACCUGUGGGGAUGGUCACAGAGAACGGUACAGAACCUGCUUUUCGUCACCAUCUGUAAAGCCUUCUUGUAGUGGAACAGCAAAAGAAACAUCUCUCUGUUCUCUAGAGGACUGUUCAACUGUGAAGCCCUCAAGCAAAUCUACCACAAAUGAUAAGGAUGUUCCUAUUAAGAGUAACACAGUGACUAUCACUGGAAUUUCUCUCUGUCUCUUCAUCAUUUUUGUUACGGUAGUGAUUACUGUAUGGAGAAAAUUUGGCAAAGGAUGUAAGUGCCGUCCAACAACCAGGCAUAGCUCUGUUCAUUCAGUGAAUUGUUGGAAAAACUCAGAUGAGGAGAAUAUCUACCAAAUGAGAGAAAGCUUCUCUGAUGCAGGGGAAGGUCAGAUGGAAGGUAUGGAAGAUGGAGUCCACAUACCUUUAAAUUACAGACAAAACAACUGUGAUACCCAAGAGGUGGCAGAAACUGAAAAUGACUGUGCCCAGGCAAACAGCCAGAAGAUAAUUCCACCCAUUUUUAGUUACCGUCUUGCUCAACAGCAGCUAAAAGAGAUGAAACAAAGGGGUCUGACAGAAACCACAAAAGUAUAUCAUGUCUCUCAGAGCCCAAUGGCAGAUACUGCUCUAGACAUCUCUAUGGCUCCACCACUGGUCAAUGACAACUCAGAGGAGAUGGCAACAAAUAAGUUCAGGAUACAGUCUCCAUUUUUAGAGACAAAAAAUAGCCAUAGCAGAAAUGCUGGUGAAAGGACUUACCCAAAGUUUCCACAGACACCUGGAUACAGCCCAAAUCAAACACUGCCUAAAGCAUCCCACCUUAAGAACACAGAUUCUAAAGUAAAGUAUGACAGAGGCUAUCAAAAAAAUAAUUUUCGAAGAACAUUAAGUUUUCAUGAAACUAAACACAUUAAACCCUACAGGGAAAGAAGUCUAACAUCCCUUUCACCAAGACAGCCAAUGAUUUACAACUCAAGAACCCGUAUGUGGGAGAAUUCUGCAGUAGAUAGGUCAAAUAAAAAACCAACGGGGCUGGAAAGAAGUCCAGAACACCUCACACGGGGUGUCUCUCUUCCUCCAGAGGCAACUGGACACGUGCCCAGAAGUCAAUAUGCUCGAGCAGGGGAGAAACCUGACCUAAUCUGUAGCAGGCAUACUACUGGCAGGCAGUCUAAAAUGGAGAGACCAGAUCAGCACCGACUACGGAAAGGACCUUCACCAGCUGAGAAGUCUUGGAACAGGACCAAAAAUGUCUCACCUUCUUCUAAAGAUAUCUACCACAGGAAGAGCCCGCAGAGUCCUGUUCAUUUCCGAAGGGAAAAGUGCCAAAGCUUUCCUUGGGGAACUGAUUAUUCUUUCUAUGACAACUCCACAUUUGGGCUCACAGAGGCUGAACAGCAAAUGCUUGACUUACCUGGGUAUUUUGCUUCAAAUGAAGAAGAUGAGACAAGUACAUUAAGUAUUGAAAGACUGGUGAUUUGA